UAAUCGUGUCAUCAACAAAUGCGCAUCGUGCAUCCUACAGGUUGCCGCCUCGUGCGUGUUGCGUGCGUAUAAUCGAAAACGCGGGGUGUGAAGAGCUUUAAUAAUCGCGCGCUCAAUCGGGUAUCAUCGGAAUGCGAAAAUAUCUCGUUUAAUCCGUCACUGGCGUUUGUUGUGCACGCACGCCGUUUCAUUCGAUUCCAUCUUGAGUUUAUAACGGGCGAGAGCAGCAUGAGAAUGGGCAAAAGAACGAAAAAGACGAAGGAGACGCACACGCAAGGGCCGCGCCAGCGCUUGCCGGCGUAAAGCGCUAUUCCACCGCUGGCAGCCAGCAGUCGUCCCCCAUCAGGCCGUCAGUCGUCGACAAGUCGGCGAGCGGCAAACAUUCAUCCAACACACAACAUUAAAACGCUUUCUCUCCACAUCUCAAUAUCAUCAACUCCUAGUCGUCACUCGUGAAACAUUUACAUUUACCCAGUGUAAGAAUGCAAUCAAAUGCGCGUGUGAUCAUGUUGGCGGCGUCGCGCGCCGCCCAGCGAUAAAUCAAAAAGUUCGACGAGUGUGUGCAAAAGUGCGUUCGCUACCGCAACACUAGUUAAUUGUGUGUCAAGUAGUCGCCGAAGACGCCAAAGAAGAUGGGGGUCGGAUUACCGCCGCUCGAAUUCACCGAGUGUCUCAUCGACAGCCCCACGUUUCGGAAUAAUCUCCACAAACACGAGAAGGAGCUGGACAACACGAAUCGCCAAAUCAAGCGGUUGAUUAAAGAAGUCAAGGAGCUGCUGCAGGCCGCCAAACAAUUAAGCACGUGUCAGCGAACGUUCGCGAAAAGUCUCAAGAGUUUCACUUUCGAAUGCAUCGGCGGGACGCAAACCGAUGACGAGCUGGUCAUUUGCAAAUCUCUACACGAAUUUGGAGCUUUGAUUAACAACAUCGAAGAUGAAAGAGACCGAAUGUUGGAAAAUGCGGACAAACAGGUGUUGGCACCACUGGAAAACUUCCGGAAGGACCACAUUGUCAAAGUGCGCACGGAUAAGAAGAAAUUCGACAAACAAACCGUGAAAUUCUGUCAAUCACAAGAGAGAUACUUGAAUUUAACAAACAAGAAACAAAAUGAAGGCGCAUUACAAGAGGCCGACGCCACGGUCGGCAUGGAGAAGCGGCACUUUUGCGACGCGAGCAUGCAGUACGUGUGCUUAAUUCAGGAAGUGCACGAGCGCAAAAAGUUCGAGUUCGUCGAAACCCUGCUGGGCUUCAUGAUUGGAUGGUUAACGUUUUAUCACCAGGGAUACGAAGUUGCCAAAGAUUUUAAUCCGUACAAAGGUGAUUUGCAGUUGCGAAUACAAAAGACGCGAGAUAACUUUUUGGAUUACAAGGAUAAACUGCACGAACGCAUGGCAGAUAUACAAAAACAGCAGGAUAAUAUCAAGACGCUCAAGGGACGCAAGGAAGGAUACUUGUUCCUGCUUGAGAAGAGAAAAUUGGCUAUUGCAGAGGCGUUCGGGCAGACGUGGACGAAACACUUUUGCACGUACGACAAGAAUACGAAACUCUUUACAAUUGUGCCCUACAAUCAGAUGACGAGCAAGUCACCCGGUCAACCGGAAGAGAUGACUUUGUCUGCAUGCACCCGACGACCUUCCGACUCAAUUGAGAAGCGCUUCUGUUUUGAUCUGGAAGUGAAUUCGAAGCCGGGCGUGAUUCAAACGUUUCAAGCGCUGAGUGAGCAAGAUAGAAAGGCAUGGUUGGACAUUAUGGACGGAAAAGAACCCACUUAUCUGACACCACAAAUUCGACAAACAAAUGAAGUACAAUACACUCUGGAUGAUAACGGUAUGCAAUUCGUGAAAAGAUGCAUUGAUGCCUUAGAAAACCGCGGAUUGGAAGAGCAAGGAUUAUAUCGGGUUGUCGGCGUGACAAGCAAAGUUACCAAACUCCUCACGAUGGGUUUGGAUCGAAGGAAAGCCGAUAAAGUGAAUCUGGAUGAUGUGCAGGAAUGGGAGACAAAAACGAUCACCAGUGCGCUGAAGAGUUACCUGCGCAAUCUACCUGAACCGCUGAUGACGCACACGCAUCACAAUAAGUUUAUCAAAGCAGUAAAAAACGACUACAAACCAACACGGGUCAAAGAAGUCCAUAAAUUGAUCUAUCGCAUACCGAAGAAUAACUUUGAGCUGUUGAACAUGCUGAUAAAGCAUUUAUCUAAUGUUGCAGCUAAAUGUGAUAAGAAUUUAAUGACGACGAGCAACUUGGGCGUGUGUUUCGGGCCCACUUUACUACGACCGGAAGAAGAAACCGUCGCAGCUAUAGUAGAUCUUAAGUUUUACAACAUUGUCGUGGAGAUAUUAAUCGAUAAUCACCGGACGAUCUUCACCACGGAACCAGCGAAAGAUGACACGCAGAUUAGCCCGUCGAAACAGUUGCAUGUGCAACAGAAUAAGAAAGUAAACGAUUAUCAAAACACAAUGUUUUAUGAUUAUAAUAAUUUGAUGAAGUCUGGUCAACAUUAUCCGCAGCAAAGUCGUGAACAAUUGACUGUACGCACGUAUUGUGAUCCCACAUCAACAAAUCUUUCAUCAAGCAUGUAUAAUGUACAUGAAUCACCGCCAAUGUCCAACAACAGUAUACAUUCAAUGAGUAAAAGUGAAUAUCUUUCUCAGCCGAUCUCAUCGAAUGGUUCGACAAUGCAAUCUUUAGGAUCGAUUAUCGCUGGGCCGCAGAGUAAAUUUUUAGCGCACAAUAAUAAGUACAACAACAGCACAUCGCUGUCGGAAAGUAACUUGCCUGAUUUACAAAGUAUUUCACUGCAAACGACGAGCACCAACCACCACAGCGGUCAUGGAAGCCCGUUGAAUCACUAUCGCACACCGUAUGACAUGUUGGACAACAGUACAGAAAGUAGUAGUGAGUCAGUUAGUUCAAAUUCAAGGGAUGGCGGCGGACUAUUACUUCCGGUUGGGCCGCCGACAGCGCCACAGAAGCGAACACGGCUGUCAAUUGCAUUACAAGUGCCCAAAAGUUACAAUUCACAGGGUGCCGUGGUUAAUAAUGAAGCUUUAUAUGCAAGCGUGCACAAAGGACGGACUAACUCUAUAACGGGCGGGGGCGGCGAUAGCACCAGCCCCAGCAAGUUUACUGGCGGCGUACGACGCGUGCGGACGCUCUACGCUUGUUUGGGCGAACACGACGGUGAAUUAUCAUUCGAACCGAACCAAAUAAUAACAAACGUGAAAACGUCUAAAGAACCCGGAUGGUUGGAAGGCACACUCAACGGUAAAACAGGAUUGGUCCCCGAAAACUACGUGGAGUUACUGGACUGACCCCGGCACUUGCAUUCCGAUCACAAUCACCAUCACUUGCAACAACACCGGCGCGGCUCGCUUACCUCGUUGACUAAACUCUCCACGUCGAUCUCCAGCACGAUCAAGCACAACAUCAGCAAGGCGCUUCUGCGCACUAACGUCGCUUCAGGCUACAGCACCUUGGCGGGCACGCGCCCCGCUGAUAACAAGAAGGUUGAGAACGGACGAAGCCGCAGCUCGCGCAGGCAGAGCGUCGAUGUUAUCAUGCGCGCGCCGUUUGUCACACACAAGAAAACCGCCGAGCGCAAAAGUUCCACUUAAAUGUACAUUCCAAUAUGAUCAGAGUGAAUAUUUCGGUAAACGAUGAAGCAAUAUGCGCAGUAUUACAGACAUCUGAACGGUGAAUAUUAAAAGAUGAUGUUUUAACAAAUGAUUUCGAGAUAAUUCCAAAGAUAUUAGAUUUGUUUUUAUAUGUACUAACAAUAUGCGACGAUGCAGAUGAUGAGAUGGGUGGAAAAGUGUUUGCGUAGUGUAUAUAAGAAUAUUUAUACAUGUUAAUUAUUGGAUUUGUAUAAAUAUCAACGGUAACCUUGAUAAGUUGAUAAGAAAUGUUUAGUUAAGUGAAGAAUUUAAUAUAUUUCGUAAUAUCUAAUCAGAAUAGGAUAAAUGUACUGAUUGAAAAUUUGCAAUUUGCCAUGGAUUUCGUUUCAACUUGAAAUUGUGACACAUUUGAAAUGCCUGUGAUGUAACUGUUUUUCGGCUAUUACAAAUUUAUGAAACAAUGGCUACACAUACACAUUUGAAUGUAAAGAGAUGUAAAAUAUCUACGCUAAGUACAAGUCUAACAAAUGAUCGCAAUUUGGGGGGCAAGAAAAUGCUAUUUAGUUAGGUGUGCAGUGCGACCCAGUCAAUUUAAGAGAGAAAUUAUCAAAUUUUCAGAACGAUUAUUAUGUUUAUUAUCGUUUAGAUUGUAAAUUUGUUACGCUGUUAUCUUCCAUUGUACAUUUUGUAAUUAGCAACAGUUUAGGGUGGCAUCAUUUUGUUUUCUUUGUAAAAUUAAUAUUGUUUAUUUGUUAAUUUACGUUCAUAUUAUUUAUAAUAUUUAUCUGA